CUCCAGUCAGUUUGUAGAGUCUCAGUUUGUUGUUUAAAUUUUCUUCUUUAACUCUUUGGAUAUUUUGAACAAACUGUGAAGCUAGAAAGUGUGUGUGAGCUGAUGUGGAUUCAGCAGCAUGGAUCAGUGUGAGGACAGAGAGGAGGGAGUCCCUCCCUCUAAAACCACUCUGUGUGGGGAAGAUGAGAGCCAGGGCAAAGGUCAGAGGAUCCAUCAGAAACUCAAACCAGAACCAGAACCAGAACCCAGCUGUGUGUCCUUUAAGAGCGACAGGUCAAAGGAUGAGUUGAUUUUCUUUAAAUCUCCUGGAUCUCCACCAUCAGAGAGAGUGGACCAGCAGAGCUCAGAGGUUCCCAGUGGUCCAUCUGUCCACCAGCAUCAAACACAGCUGGACUCCAUAUUUAUGUUGCUGGAGGACAACAUUGUCACUUUUGUGAAGGAAGAACUGAAGAAGAUCCAGAAAGUUCUGAGUGCAGAUGAUCCAGAAUGGUCUGAGAGUCAGAGAGAUGAUGAGGUGUUGGAAGGUGAUGAUGAAGAGCAGAGGAGGAGCAGCAGAGAGGCAGUGAUGAAGAUCACACUGAACUUCCUGAGGAUGAUGAAGCAGGAAAAGCUAGCUGACCAUCUGCAGAGCAAACAUGUUGCUACAGUUUGUCAACAUCAACUUAAAUCUGGUCUGAAGAAGAAGUUCCAGUCUGUGUUUGAGGGGAUUGCUAAAGCAGGAAGUCCAACCCUUCUGAACCAGAUCUACACAGAGCUCUACAUCACAGAGGGAGGGACUGGAGAGGUCAAUGAUGAACAUGAGGUCAGACAGAUUGAAAUAGCAUCCAGGAAACCACACAGACCAGAAACAACAGUCAGACAAGAAGACAUCUUUAAAGUCCCACCUGGAAGAGAUCAACCAAUCAGAACAGUGAUGACAAAGGGAGUGGCUGGCAUUGGGAAAACAGUCCUAACACAGAAGUUCACUCUGGACUGGGCUGAAGACAAAUUAUAA